UCUUUUUUUUCACACGGCAUAAACGAAACAGAAUUUGCGAACUGUUAUAACCUAACUUCUAUUCGCGCAGAUAUGGGAUAUAUUUUCAAAAUAUAUUUCGCUCACCAUUAGUAAUGGCAAAUUUGCAAAAAUCGCACCAAGGAAUAAAAGACAUACUUUCAAAACUAGACGAAGAUGAUGUUAUUGCUUUAGCAAGUACAGUCACACAGGGGUUAUUGAAGGUUGCUUCAGUUGAUGAGGCAGUCAAUGGAAUACUUAAGCAUUCACCUACAUUAGUUAGUAUCUUGAGAAGAAAGAUAGUUACAAAAGAAAUACUGUUUCAAUAUCUUGAUGAGAACAAUGUAUCAUUCAAGAGCCCAGCCAGUAAAAACGAUCUUAUAGAUAGGAUAAUCGAAUAUUGGAACGAGUCGCUAUCUCAAACAGUUCUUGAUGAGCCAGUUUCCUCAGAUGUCAAAGAAACUUCACCAGGUGAAAGUGAACAAGUGAUAAGUCAAUUGGCAGAUCAGUUUGCGAAGUGGUUUUACACUAUGUUAAACUCUGAUGAAGGAGUUGGUACUGAACAUUUUUAUGCUGAUGCUAAACUGAAAAUAGCUAUAGUGACUGAUGAAGGUUGUGAUCUGAAAGAAGUUGAAGAUAAUCCAGAAGAUAUAUGCAGUGCUUUACGAACGUUAAAGUUACAACACCAGUUAUACUUCAAUCCAAAUUUCACAAAUGAAGGUAUACAGGGAAGAAUAGAUCCACACGGAUUAGUGAUGGUGUUCACAUGUGGAACCCUACAUGUGAAAGAUGCAAUCGUAGGAGUGUUUGAACAAGUGUUUUCAUUAGCCAGAGACCCAUUCUGUGACAAUAACUGGAAGAUUAAAAAAACAGAACUUAACUUACGAAGUAAGAAUAGCACUAUAGGGCAACCACAAAUAUGUGAUAGUGAAACAUCAGAUAUGCUAGCCAUUGCUCCAACCACUAGGUAACCAUUGUAAUGUAGGUACUAUAAGAAAAGUCUGUGAAUUUAUUUUGUAUUUUAAUGUUCCCACAAUACAAAUUAAAAAGGAAUGUUGAGCAAUGCAUCAAUUUGGCUAAAUAUAUAUCACCCUUCAGUAUGCAUAUCACAAUCAUAACAAAUAUAACAAAAAAAAAAACAAUAACAUUAACAAAAACAACUUAAUAUAAAAGAACAACAAUAUCCAUUUGAAAAUUAUAAAUAAUUUCACCUACCCAUGAAACAACAAUUGAGGUGCUAAAACCUUCAACAUAUUACAAGUUCUAUUAGACCCUCACAUUUAACAAAUAAAAAAUAACUGCACAACAAUAACAGAAAAACUAUGUAUAUAUGUUGUAUGUAAAUAUAAACAAUUUAAAGGAUAGUUUUUUGUGAAAGUUUGCAUAAGAGUCCUCAAAUAAAUAUUAAAGGCUGUCCAAUAAGGAUGGAGCACUGUUGGUUGAAUAAAGCAACCUAUUUGUGACUUUAAAUUUUCCAAUUGACAGGUAAGAACCUAGAACCUUUGUCCAGUCUUCAAAUUAGGGGACAAAGCCCUAGUUAUCAAUUAUUGGAAAAUCUGUAUCUUCAGCACUUUUGCUAAGCUUUUGGAUGUCCUUUUAUAUAAUCACAACUAUCUGUUUACACAUACGCACAUUUCUGAAGACCAGCAUGGGUUUAAGAAUAUGAGAUAAUAUAUAUUAUAGUGACCAAAUCUUUUCUGUCAUAUAAUAAUAAUACAUUUUUAUUUCAAAAUAACAGUACAUCAUUACACUGUUAGGUGAAAUAUAUGUCACAGCUAACAUAUACUGAUUUGCAUUAACAAUUAUGAAUACUCUUUAUUUUGAAUUAUUUUAUAUCCAACAACCUUUUAUUUUCUUGAGGUAACUUAUUUUAUAUUUUGGUAUGGCUGUAAUGGAUAUUUUUUUCGGUAUCCGUGACAUGAUG